AUGCAUGAUCUGCAGACAUUGCUCGACGACACGGACCUCACAAAUGUGACGCAGACGCAUUCCGACAUAUGGGACCUCGAGCUACUGAGGACUAUCUUCCGUAAGGCAAUCAGGAAACUCGGCCAACGACAGCUGACAUGCUUCAUUGACGCUCUUGACGAGUGUCGUGAGAUUGAGGUCUGGGAGAUGCUCAAGUUCUUUGAAGAUCUGGGACACCGACAUUAUCCCUACGUCGAUAUUCGCCAUGGCCAAAAGCUUAUUUUGGAAGACCAGAUUGGACAUGGGAAAGACAUGGCCGAUUACGUGCGCAGUGAGCUCCAGGCUGGCUCAGGGCCAAAAAGUGAUCAGGUCAUAGCUGAGGUUCUUCGAAAAGCUUCUGGCGUCUUUAUGUGGGUCGUGUUAGUUGUCGACAUCCUCAAUACGGAGUACCGUAAAGGCCGCCUUUUCGCGGUGGAAAAACGACUGGGUGAUAUACCUUCGGAGCUUAGCAAGCUGUUCCAAGAUAUUCUGACCAGAGACCAACAGAACAUGGAUGACUUACUGCUCUGCAUCCAGUGGUUGCUGUAUAGUCAAAGACCGCUCACGCGGGAGGAGUACUACUUCGCUUUAGCGUCUGGUCUGGAGCCCGACACUCUGGGAGAAUGGGAUCCUAAUGACAUUACCUAUGAGUUUAUGGACCGCUUAAUUGUCAGUUCAUCCAAGGGGCUUGCCGAGACAACGAGGUCAGAUGAUAAGACGGUCCAAUUCAUCCACGAAUCAGUGCGGGAUUUCCUUCUCAAGGACAAUGGUCUGCGCGAGCUUUGGCCGGAGAUGGGUGACGACUUCGAAGGUCAAAGCCAUGACAGGUUGAAGAACUGCUGUUAUGUAUACUCGACGGAGGUCAACAUAUCGGCCUAUCUACCCGAGAACGAGUUUCUGUUGAAGACGUCCAAGACAGGUGCUGCAGAGUUCAGAGAUACUGUAGCGGAGCGGUUUCCGUUUCUGGAGUACGCAACAUGCCAUAUUAUCUUUCAUGCCGACGCCGCGGCGAUACAUGCGAUUCCACAAGACGACUUCUUUAAGGGUUUCGUAGUGGACCACUGGAUACAAAGGAACAAUUUGUUUGAGAAAGCACAAGCCUACCUCUACAAGCCUUUUGUACAUUGCCGCGGCGAAAGGACUUACUAG